AAUUGAAUCAAACCCUCACAACAACACAUCCUCUCCAAGGAUGAAGCUUUCUUUGAUCAUUGCCAUGGUUCAACUAGGGCUUCUCAUUUCAUGCGUCGCUGCAGAGCAAUGGUGUGUGGUGGCACCGGGCGCAAGAGACGAGCAGAUGCAAGCUUUCCUGAACACCGCGUGUAAUCAGCUAGUCGACUGCAAAGAUAUAAAGCCAGGCGGUUCGUGCUAUGAACCGGAUACGUUGCAGAAUCAUGCAUCGUACAUUCUCAAUCUAGUCUAUCGUAGUAAAGGCCAGUGUGACAAAGCCGUUGGCAUAAUUUCGGUUAAUGAUCCUUCAUUUGGCAAAUGUCAAUAUUCAUGAGCAAGCUCGAUGGAGUAUUUUAUGUACUUUGCAAAAAAGAGCUUGUUUUUAUUUUUGCAAUGAUUUGGAAUUAAUUAAUAAGUGAAAUGAUGUUGAAUGAUCA